AUGCGGACCUUCCCGCACCCGGGCGACCGCGCGCCAGCCCUGGCUGACUUGGACCGCGACGCGAUCCGCCGCUGGGUGGAGCAGGCGUCGGCGGCGGGCGUCAAGAACAACAACAGCAUCAGCAACAACAACAACAACAACAACAACAACAACGACGACCACGACCACGACGGCGGCGGCGGCGGCGGCGGCGUGAUCGGAGGCGGCGUGAAGGCCGCCGUACCGGGCGCUGGCUGGUGGUGGCGCGCGUGGCCCGCCGCCCCCAGCCCUCCGGCACCGCUACCCCCGCCGCCCCCGGCACCGCCUCCGCCCCCGCCGCCGCCGCAGGUACGCAGCAGGACCAUGCUGCUUCACGACGACCAGCCGCUGGACUUCUCGACGCACCGCCACCACCUGGCGGCGGAGACCAGCAGCAGCGGGGGCGGCGGAUCCUCCGAAGACGAGGGCGUGGCCGCCUCGCCUUGCCCGCUGCGAGGCGAAGAUAUUUGUGACGUCAGCAUGAGAGAGAAACCGUACUGCAAGGACCACGGCAAGCUGUGGCUGAGCGACGCGGAUUUGUGGCGCGUGGCUGCUCGUCAGGCCGGGGAGCCAAUUAGGACCGCGACCUUGCAUGCGAGGUUUGGCAUUGGCACAGCGGCCGAGCCAAUCACGCGGAUGGAAAAGGACCCGGACUCCGAACCUCCCCCCCACUCCCCUCUGGUCGACGCGCGGAUGAACGGCGACCUGAGCGACGACGGACACAGCGUGAGUACGGACGCGGCGGUCCAAGAUGGCGACUCGAGGGACUCGGACAGGGAGGCUCUCAACCUGGUGACGGAGGUGUCGCAGCGCAACUCCGGAGGUCAGCUGAACGGCUCCUCCAGCUCGCCCAGCUCAGGGGUGAGCAGCCAGGUGACGUCCAGCUCGCGGCCCCCGGCUGCCGCCGCCGCCGCCGCCGCCGCCGCCGCCGCCGCCCUGGCGGCCAUGCAGGCCGGCCAACUGUCGCUCAACCAGCUGAUGAGCCUGGGCUCCCAGGGCCAGCAGCAGCUGCUGCUGCAGAGCCAGCUGGCGGCGACGGCGGCCGCCGCCCCUUCGCCGCUGCCCGGUCUGUCGGCGCUCAGCCCGCAGGAGCUGCAGGGCCUGCAGCAGCAGCUGCAGCAGCACCAGCAUAGCCUGCAGCAGCAGCUGCAGCAGUUCGUGCUGUUCCAGCCGGGCGCCGGGGCGCAGCUGCCCGCGCAGGCGCAGUUCUUCCUGCAGAACCAGGUGCAGCAAGCCAUAGCCCAGGCGGCCCAGCAGCUGCAGCAGCUGCAGAAGCAGCAGCAGCAGCAGCAGCAGCAGCAGCAGCAGCAGCAGCAGCAGCAGCAGCCCGCCAGCAGGCACGGCGGGCCGUCACCGCACCACAACCACAACCACCACAACCACCACAACCACCACCACCACCAGCACCACGUCAAGACGCCGCAGGCGCGGGCGCUGGAGCCAUCGCCCGAGGAGACCACCGACCUUGAGGAACUCGAGCAGUUCGCCAAGACCUUCAAGCAGCGCCGCAUCAAGCUGGGCUUCACCCAGGGCGACGUGGGCCUCGCCAUGGGCAAGCUGUACGGCAACGACUUCUCCCAGACCACCAUAUCGAGGUUCGAGGCGCUCAACCUGUCCUUCAAGAACAUGUGCAAGCUGAAGCCGCUGCUGCAGAAGUGGCUGGAGGACGCAGACAACUCGCUCAACAACCCCGGCUCCUUGGCCAACCCGCUGACAACGCCCGAGGCCAUCGGCCGGCGCCGCAAGAAGCGCACGUCCAUCGAGACCAGCGUGCGGGUGGCGCUGGAGAAGGCGUUCAUCCAGAACCCCAAGCCCACGUCCGAGGAGAUCGCCAUGCUGGCCGAGAGCCUCGGCAUGGAGAAGGAGGUCGUCCGGGUGUGGUUCUGCAAUAGGAGGCAGAAGGAGAAGCGCAUCAACCCUCCGCCCAGCGCGGCCAUGGGCAGCCCGACCAUCUGCUCAGUGCCCGGGACCGCCCCGGGGACCAUGUUCGCCUCCAUCGCCGGCUCCUUCCCCGGGGGGCCGCUCCCGCCCAUGGGCGGCGGGCCGCUCUCCCUCGUCACGACCUCGUCGUCCUCGUCGGCGGGGCAUCACGGCUUCGCGGCGCCCGGCGCCGUCAAGGGCGAAUGA